GGCAGCCGGCAGCCAGCACGUCGCCACGGGACCGCAGCAGUGCAGCGCAGCCCAGCCACCCCGUGCGUCCCACGCCAGCGCGCAGACACGCCCCGCCCAACCCAGCCGAGGAGCGAUCGCCGUACCCCAGCACCGGACCACCAAGCGGCACGAUGAGUUCUGACGCCCCGCCGGCAGAGCAGAAGCAGCAGCCGCAGGAGCAGGAGGAGAAGACGAACGAGGAGGAGGAGCAGAAGAAGAGCGAGGACAAGAAGGAGAUAGAGGACGAGGAGCGCGAGCAGAUGCUGAACGCGGAGAACCGCGACCGCGACGGCGGCGGCGGCGGCGACGGCCAGCAGCCGGAGGUGGGCGGCGUGCAGAAGAUGCGGCGCGUGCUCGAGGAGUCCGACCACGAGCCGCAGUCCGCCGGCAAGAAGAAGAUCCCCAUCGGCGGCAUCCGCAUCCCGGGAUUCCUCCGCAGCCGCUCCCGCGAGAAGACAAAGGAGGGCGAACUGGACGGAGAGGAGGCGAAGGAUCUGCUGCAGCAGGAGUCUGGCCAGCAGCCGCAGGCAGACGGCGCCGGGGGCGGCGAGGGAGACACCCCUCGCAGGCCCAAGCUGCUGCCCAACCCCUUCGCCAAGAAGAAGGAGCAUGAACUUGGCGCUGCCGGGCUUGCGUCGAUGGAGACUCUGGAUGACAGCAGCGCAGCUGUACAAGACGACGGCAUGGAGAGCGUCAAGCUCGACAUGGACGAGAAGCCUGAUCCAGAGAAGUCUGGUGCAGAUGAAGCGAGUAAACAAGACUGGAGACAAAGACUACGCCAUCUCUCAAAGUUUCGUCUCAUAAUUGGUGGAGUUGCACUGUUUGUCAUACUGCUGAUAAUAAUAGUUGUGAUCGCUGCAUCUGGGCCAAGGCGAGCACCACCUGUUUCUCAUCUUAUAGAUGGAAUUUAUGUGCAGGCAGUUACGGGUUGUGGACCUGUUCAUGGGCUUGUGGAAGAAGGAGCGCAUGUUUUUCGUGGUAUUCCAUAUGCACGUCAGCCUGUUGGUGACCGUCGAUGGCAGCCAGCUCAAUUAUUGCAGCACCUAGCAGAUUGUUGGAAUGGUACCUUGCGUGCAGUGAAGGAAGCACCCCCUUGUCUCCAACGCCUUCCCAAUGGAACCUGGUUUGGUUCAGAAGAUUGCCUUCAUUUAGAUCUUGUGACUCCUCGUGUCACAUAUGAUGGUCAGCUGCCUGUUAUAGUACUUGUAGGAGCAGAUACAAUGCUCGGUCCUUCUCCUAGUGCUCUGCGUACACCAUCACCUGAGCUAUCACGUACCCGUGAAGUGGUAUUUGUUCGACCAGGAUUUCGUCUGGGCCCAAUCGGUCUGUUAGCUGCCCAUCCAUUGUCUACUUCAUCACGUCGUCAUACCUCAGGGAAUUAUGCUCUAUCAGAUCUAAUAGCUGCAUUGACAUGGAUCCAGCAUAAUAUUCACAAUUUCGGUGGCGAUCCAAAGGCGGUGACUAUACUUGCUCAUCGUGCUGGAGCAACAAUGGUGACAGCAUUAGCCACAUCCAAACAAGCCCAAAAACUGUUUGCACGUGCUUGGUUGUCUAGUGGCUCAGCAAUCUUUCCUGGCCAGCCACUAAGUGAAUCAGAGCGUGAAUCAAUGACAUACUUAAGACGGAUUCGAGCUUGUGAAGACAACCUCACUGCUGAAUGUUUGCAAUCUGUGGAUGCCUCAGAACUUGUUGAGCUUUUGCCUCCUGAAUGGGAACCUCGACAACCAGGAUUGCCCAAUCCAGACAAUUCCACCCCCGAGAUUCACCAGUGGCUUGUACUUGAUGGACACAUUUUACAGAGACAUGUCUAUGAAGUCCUGAACGAGAACAAUGUCUCUGUCAAAAUGGUUAUAGGAACAACUGCCCAUUCUGAGGGAAGUGAUGAGUUGCAUCAGAGGUACAAAGACUGGCAAAUAAACAAUGAGACUGUGAAGCAAUUGGAACAGAGUGAAGUUGGACGAAAAGGUCUUGCAGAGGAAGCAGUGAGACGUUAUGGAACCAGCUGGCCAGGAAUAGCAUCAUUGGUAUCAGACGUUCGCACUGUGUGUCCAUUGCUGCAUUUGGCAAGACAAACUGUUCCACCCAUUCCCUUCUAUGUUGUGAAGCAACCACGAGGUGAAAUUGCUGAUGUAGAUGUUGAUGUUGAUGCAAUAUUAGGUCGCUACAUUCCAAGAAACACCGAACAGAGGCGCUAUGUGACAGCUAUGCAGCAAGUCUUCUACCGCUUUGUUGCCCAGGGUGAGCUCCGCCGCCGGGAAGGUGGACAACAGGUGCUGCUAAUUGAGCAAGAUGCUAAUCCUAGUAAUGAAUAUCCUGAUUGUGACAUGUGGCUGAGUAAAGACAUUGUUCCAAGAUAUGGACGUGUAGACUGAAAAUAUUUUUGACAGAACUUGUGUGCUUUUGAGAAGACUUCACACAGGCAGUUCAGUGAAAGAAACAUGUAUUGCAUGGUCAGUUGUAUGAAAUAAUUACAUCAUCAGCCUGUGAUAUUUGCUAGUCCCUCUAUUCACUUUAGUUUGUUCCUCAUUUACUUUGGAAAUAAAUCAAACUGCUGGCUGUCAGUUGGUGGGUACUAAAAUUUUCGUCAACAGCUGCAUAUUUGAGACCAAUCAGUCUCAGGGACUUUUUGAUGUUUGAGCAAAAGGAAAUUAAUAUCUUGGGUCUUAUAGAUGUAUACAGUUUGUAUGGACAAAACUAUUUUAUUGAAAAACUUUGACUUUUAUAAAGAAACAUAAAUUUUCCAAUAUUUGAGAUACAAUAAAACUUUUUCUACCAUGAGAACCAAUAUUAGAGUUGUACUGACAACAGUUUUCACUAAAAAGUAUGGCGUAGCAAGCUGAGAAGAAGUUGAAAUACAUUCCUGAGUCAUAGCACCACCAGCAUAUGCAAUAGAUAAGCCAGUAAUUAAAUGGUUGUUUUUCACAUCAAAAAUUAAAUUUCAGAAGACUUUACUCUCUUUAUUCCAUCACAUUAUUUAGAUGACAAACUGGUAUGCUUUGACAGUGUUUAAAAAAAUUAACUUCAAACAAAAGAGUGUAAGAAUUUGUUUUAUGUGGUCAAUUUUGUCUGCUGAUGAUGUAUCAGAGUGUUGUACAUAAGAAUGUGUUGAAUAUCGUGAUCAGAGAAUGUUUUGAAUAACAAGCAAAUGUUAAAUGCUUCGCUUGUACAUAUAUAUAUUACAUAUAUUUAGAAAGAAAAGUUGUCUUGUAAAUGUGAAUACUGUGCUGUUUCAUUUUACAGUAACAUAUUUUGGUGUAAUAUGUCAUGCCACCUUCUAGGAAACUACUUCUGCCUUCAGCUAAAUGUGUGUGUAUAUAUAUAUAAAUGUUUGUGUAUAAAAUAGUUCACCUGACAUAAAACAUAGUUAUGAAUACCAGUUGUUGUUGCAUUUACAUUUUCUUGUUGCCCCCUCAAGUUAGGUGCUCUGUGAAAAAGCAUAAGAAGAAGGGUAAAGAAAACAAUGGUCUGUUAAGACAUACAUGGACAUGAAUAAUUUAUGUCAUUAAAAUAUGAGGAUGCAGUGUAUGUGUAAAUAUUGUCAUAUUAAAGGAAAGCAUGAGGAAAAUUUAAUGUAUGACAGGAACUGUUAUUUUCAGCACUAUCAUUUCAUAUUUUGUGACUCGGACACUGUUUGGGUUUAUAUCUGAACUGCAUAUUGAGGUGUGGAAAAAGUUUUUUAAUCUCAUAUGAUGUAUGAAUUUAUAGUGUUUCACUGUACAGUAAGUGCUUUCUCUGAUGCAAUUUUGUCAUUGGUGUACUUAUAAUUGUCAAUCUAUUGAUAUCUUUUGAUGUUUCCAUUUUAACGUGAAAUCUUCAGUGACAUCUAGUUUGGUACGACAGUAAAUACAACUCAGAUCACACAGAAAACUUAGUUUAUUUCUCUCUCCAUCUUAGGAGAGGUGAUCUUUCACUAAUUUGAUAUCUGAAAUCAUUAAGGAGCAGGUGGAUCUUUUCUUGUAUGAACUUCACAAAACUAAGAAAACAUCAGGUUACCAAUCACUUUAUAAAUGGUAUAAUGUUCAAAAUAUGGAAACUCAGUUUGGUUUUAAAGGUUUCACCUGUGUGAGAAACUGAAAGAACAAAGGGAUUUGAAUGUAACAAUAAUGGAAAUUUCAAGACACAAGAAUAAAAAUGUGUAGGGGCAACCACUACUUUUGAUGAGUAACAGACCAUUGGUUUUAAGCACAUGCUCUUUUAUGUAGGUUUAGUGCAACUCUCUCAAGGACAACAAAAUGCACACUGUGUGCAUGUGGAUGACACUGUGUGUGUGUUUGUGUGUGUGUGUGUGUGUGUGUGUGUGUGUGUGUGUGUGUGUGUGUGAUUAUUAAAAUGUUAACAAAUAAUGGGGUUCAAACAUCCCCAUGAGCAGAGAAACAUGGGACACAGAUAUAACCACAAAUGUAAUGCUAACAGGAAGAAAACUGCAAAACUUUUAAUAAUAUAUGUGUAAUGAUCAGUAAGUCAUGUACAAAAGACUGAAAAGUAUGAGACUAAAGACCAAGAGAGUGGCUUACAGUUAUAAUAAUAAAUAUAUUCAGACAUGGAAAGGAAAUGUAAACAUAUGAGAGUAUUCCUCUACAAUGCAAGCUUCCACAUGUGGACACAUUGGUAUUCUCUAUGCUGUGUUGAAAAUUGUCUGUGUUUUACAAGAGACACUAGUGGUGAGUUAAUGAACAAUGUAUGAUGUUUGAUGUAGUGUGCUCUCAUUCGUUAAAACUUUAUUCAGUUUUAUUUCCAGUGUCAUCUCCUCUCUCUUAUGAUGGUUCAAAAUUUUCACAUAUAAAAUGCAUCAGUACCAGUCAUUUAGACAGUGAUCUCCUCCAAUAUUCACACUUAUGUUUAAAAUAUAUGCAUUUAUAUGCAUUUUCAGAUAAGGUAAAUUGAAGAAUACAUAAAAGGCUUCAAUGGCUUCAGGUAUAUCUUACCAACAAAUAACUCUUCCAUUCUCUCUUCACUUUUUGGAUGCAUAGAAGCCUCUAUGCACUUACCAUUUGUCACCAAAAAAUGAACCCUUCUGCUGCUGUCUCACUUUUGCAGCAAUCACUACAAUAGUACCACAUAUGUUUGGUACAUAUUUACUGAAGGUUGUCAUUAGUCUGACACUAUGAGAUGUCAGCUCUUCAUCAUUUACUGAAGGUUGUCAUUAGUCUGACACUAUGAGAUGUCAGCUCUUCAUGAUAUUUCCAUCAGUUUCAUUGUUACUUUCUAAUUGUUUGAUGUGAUGGAGGCAGCAUACGAAACUCAUAAAUGAUGCUACAAAUUUAUUGGCUACUCAACUGGCAACAUAUACUUGUAGCAAUUUAAAGUUAUUCCAUUUUUCAAAUAUUUACAGCAAAAGUGAGUCACAAAAGAAGAAAUGGAAAAAGCCUACAGCUGUGUUGUUGGUUGCUUCAGGUAUACAUUAUUUCAUAUGCUAUAAAUUAUUUCAUAUGCUGACACACUGUUUGAAAAUGUCCAUUUAUUUCCUUCAACUAUAUCAUGAUCAACAGAUAGUGGCAGCAGAACAAUCAGUUGUCAUCACAUCCACACUUACAAACAGAGCACAACUCUGAGCAGUUGUUUCACUUGUGACACUGUAGACAGGGCAAUUUUCAGACAUGUUAAAUCAUAUUUAGCACCUGUGGCACAUGAAUGCUGUAGAGUAAAUAUCUUUCCCUCACCAAAGAAAUGGUUCACAGUGUGGAACGCUCAUGAACUUGAUUGGUUUCGUAGAAAAAAUGACAUUUCUGUCGAACUGGAGACCACAGUGAUUGUUUGCUUCAAAAGUAAUUUAUUAUCUGGUACAAUCACAUUCAUCUCUAGAAACAAAUAUGAUUGUGCUGGAUAAUAAAUUACUUUUAUACAGUUUUGAAACUUUUCCACAAGUAUUAUUCCCUUUUUGUCUCUCCAUUUUCAAAGAUCAUUUUUUCUGUUGACUGAUUAACUUAUUGUUAUUGGCUUUACUCAGUUUUGUAUCUUUUCUUAAGUUUAAUCUUACUGCAGAUCUCUUCUUGUGAAUCAUAUGCAGCACUUUCUGUAUUUAUAUUCUUCUUCCCAGUUCGUCUUAAUGUUUUUCCAUUAAUUUCAUAUCAUUGCCUGGGUAACUGCUCGUCACUGCUGUAACUGCAACAAGUCAUGUAUUCCUGUCCUGUCAUUGUGUUUCCGACAGAAUUUCAGAAUUUAUCAUCUAAAAAUAAAGUUUCUUCACAAACAGUUGCUGGUAUCUACAAAGGACAUUGUUUCAUUGGAAAGUAAUAAAGAUCAGCAAAGACAAAGAAACACAAAGUUCUACAUCUUUCAUCCUCAUAUUUUCUGAGACAUAUAAAGGACCUGAACUGUUUUCUCAUUACUGCUAUUAGCACCCUAUCUUAAUUUUUGUGUUAAAUGUCAGAUUCAGGUGAAACUGUUCCACAGUUGUUCCAAAUGCUGUAACAAAAUAUUCGUAGUUCUGUUAUUUUAAAUAUUUUUUAUCAUCAAGUUGAUUUUCUCUGUAUUGUAUUCUGUGGCAUUUAUAUUGAGAAUUAUAAGCAGCUUUGAACUAGGAAAUUUGAGCUGAUGUGAGAAUGUGUAAUUUAUUUUGCUGUAACUGUCUUCUUGCUUAGUGACAAUGUCUUUCAUUAUGAGGAUAAAUCUGUGUAGAAUGAAAUGAAUGUUUAUAUUCCUAAACAUUUACUUAAUAUAUGACUACCUUCAAAAAAAGUGGGAAUGAAAGCUGCAUGCACAAUAUUCUAUUUGUGUAUAAAUGCAGAAGUGACUGAUGACUAGGUUUUGAUAGAUAACAGAAAACUAUUGAUCUCAUGAACUGAUGGUUCCACCUUAACUCAAGUACUUUUUUUCCAUGUGUAACUAAGCGCACAUACUAUGCAGAAUUUAGUGAAGAUUUAUUAAAGCCAUAUUAGGUCCAUGCAUGCCAUUGAAAUAUGAAUGUGUAUAGGAAUUAAAAUAAAAAUGAUCAACUGCAACCAAACAAAGUACUGCUAGAGCCAAAAUUAUUUUAAUAAAUUUACAAAAGGUGUCCAUGUUUGAGAAUUUAAAAUGUGAGUAACAACCUGCAUUGGGGUGGGUAAUACAUUAGCAAGUUUGUUAAAACAAAGUGUGGUCAUGUAUGUUGAAUGCCCUUGUGAUUUUAAUUUAUAUAUGAUGUUACCACAUUUUACUGUAUCAUGUUGAUGUAUUACUAGUUUCUCUAUAUUCUGAAUAAAUGAUAAACUUUUGUAAUAGGUUCCAUUUCAAAGACUAUAACAUAUAAUACUAAUUUUUUGGGAAAUUAUACAAUGACUGGUUUUUAAGUACUCUACCAAAGUGCCAAGAUCUAUACUUAUUUGUCAUUAUGGCACAGUAAAUCUAUAAAGAAAGUCUUGUUUAUUAUGAUGUGUGGUAGGCAAGAAUGUCAUUAGAAAUUACAAUUUUCUUGGAACUGAGUUAUGUACUGUAAAAAUGUACUUUAUCUAACUAAGGGGACUAAUGCAAUGAGCUUUUUCAUUAUAUGUGGCAAAUUGUUUGAACAUGUCAUUGUACCUCUGCAUCUAGAACAUAAUAUUUAUGAGAUCAUGUACAAAAAUCCAUCAUCAUUUGAGUUUCCGUAGUAACAUCAUUUAAAAUUAAUCUUUAAAUGAUGAAUUUUGUACUAUUAUGUUUUGUAAAUAAUUUUUCAGAAAAUGAGACUAAUUACUAUGCUACUUUUGGAUCACAUAUCUGUUCCUGUAAUGUAUAAAGUAUUUUCAAUGUUUUGCAGAUACCAAGAAAAACAAUUCAGUAUUCCAAAGAGAGACUGAUUGUACCAAUUUUUGAAUGUAGUGAUUUUUAGGAAAAAAUUUUGUAUUUUAAGUGGCAUUAGUAACCUAGUGUCUUUGUACAAUGUUAUAACAGCUGUACUUGCUAACCUAUUAAAGUGUAUGAUAUCCAUUAA